AAAGUUUUAACGGUUGAACCGCUAGAUUCAAACAGGAGAGAGCGCGAGAGAGCGGGAGGCAGAGAGAGAAAAAAAAGACAGGAGAGCUAGAGAUAAAUAUAUAUAAGUAUAUAUGGAAAGAGAGAAAACCGGAGAUUGAGGAGAAAGAGAGAUCGAGAGUAAACAGGAGAUUUAUAUAAGAGUCAUGGCGGAGUCGCACUUCACCUGGAGUUACGAUGCUCCAACGCACAUCGAUUUCAACAAUCUACAGGAACAGGACGACCCGAGGGCCGACUGCUGGUUUGAUCAGCAAAUUGAGCAAGGGGCAGCAAAUAGCACUGUCCCUGUGGAAGCACCUGCCACCCAAACUCAGGCUUUGAAAAAACAAUCCCAUGAACCUCCUUGUGAAGCAGAGGAACCAAACUUUGUAUCAAGCCAAAUUAACGAAGAUGUUGCACCUACAAAAGAUACUGCUGAUAGUCUGCCAGAAAGGUUGGUAACCUCUGUGGAAGCACAGCAAGACAACUUGGAUGAGACUGUUUCUAGCAAGACAAUGCUGCUGAGGAGGUCAACCCGGAGACCAUCUGAACAAUUAAGAAAACAAUUGGGCAAAAUUCGAGCUGUAAGGAGAACUCAGGAUCUGGAAUCUUCAGAGCCACCAGUUAACAAAAAACCUAAACUGGUUCUGACUGGGAAAUGCUCUGGGAGUAGAGCGGGGAGUCUGUCUCGGACCUGUACCAAAUUAACCUUGCCUGGCACACCAACAGUUCUCAAGAGGAAGCAACAUAUGGGUUCAAAGGGAAAAAGCACAGAAGAGUUGGAGAUGGAGAAGAUUGCUCAAUUUCAGAAGGAACUGGCAGAACAGAGGAAACUUAAUGAGGAAUCACUGAAGCUGGCCAUAUCUGGUGCAGGUCAGAACAAGAAAAGAACACACAUCCCACCCACAAAACCAAUGGAUAUCAAGUUCCACACAGAUGAGCGCAUUAAAACACACAGUGAAAGUCAAAUGGACAAAGCGUACAAGGAAGUCGACUUCACCAGUGAACUCCGUAAACAUCAGCAGUUUCCUACACGUGGACACAAAGGAGCUACUGUACCAAAACCUUUCAACCUCUCAUGUGGGAGCAAAAGGAAACAUGAGGCUACAGAUGUCCAAGGAUAUGUUUCUCUGGCACAGCAGGUAGAGGCAUUUCAAAGUCGCACACCAAAACGAUAUCAGCUGAGGAGCAGCCAUCAGGUAGAGGAAGGUCCUUACAAGGUGUCUGAAAAGAUCAAACUAACAAGACCUCAUACUCCCAUGCUGGCAACUAAGACCCGUGCUCGACCAAUAACUUGCAAGAGUACAGCUGAAAUAGAAGCUGAAGAGCUGGAGAAAAUACAGUCAUACAAAUUCAAAGCCCAGGAAGUAAAUCCCAGACUCCUGGAGGGUGGCGCAAUUCUUCCAAAGAAGCCACUUGUUAAGGAACCAACAAAACCUAUUGGUUUUGAUCUGGAGAUAGAGAAGCGCAUCCGCGAGCGAGAGGAAAACAGAAAGCCGGAAGAAAUGGAGGACCACAGUUUCCACUCACGGCCCUGUCCUACUAGGAUACUAGAAGAUGUUGUGGGAGUUCCAGAGAAAAGACUGCUACCCAUAACCCUACCUAAGUCUCCAGCUUUCACAAUGAAGAACCGUGUGAGAAUUCCACACAAGGAAGAGAAGGAGGAACAGCAUGUGAUUAAAGCAAAUCCCAUGCCACACUCUGCUGUCCCAUUCAAGCCAAAAUUCUCAGAAGAGAAACAUAAAGAAAUUCAGCCAUUCUCAUUUGAAGCCCGGGACAAACAUAGGGAAGCAUUAAAAGAGAAGAAAAUACAAGAAUUGCGCAAGGAGCUGACUGAGUUCCCUGCCUUCAAAGCACAGCUGCUUCCUGACUUUGAUUCUACCCGGUUACCAGAGAAGGUGGUGAAGUCUCCGACUAAAGUGCAACCGUUCCAUCUGCGUUUAGAAGAACGUGGUGCUGUUCGAGACCAGCGCUGGACACAGAUGAUGAAAGAAGAGCUGAGACAACAAAAGGAGGCAACUUGUUUUAAAGCCAAUCCAAAUUCUGUUAUUUACCGUGAACCAUUUCUACCAAAGAAGGCAGAUCGGUCAUUGAUGGAAAACUUUGAUUCCACAGUUCAGGAGAAGUUUGAAUUGGCAACAGAGAAGCGUGCGAAAGAGCGUGCAGAAUUCGAAAUGCGUAAAGCAGAGAAAGAAUCUAUGCGGGAGAAGUUUGAAGAGGAAAAACAGAAAGAACUUGAAGAGCGCGAAAAGGAAGAAAUAGCCCGACUUCGGCAGGAGCUAGUGCACAAAGCAAAUCCUGUUCGAAAUUACAGGAAAGUGGAAAUCAAACCCAGUGAGCAGCAACUAACAGUUCCACACACUCCUAAUUUUUCAGAUAGGUUUAGGUUGUAACGUGUGCUACUUUUAUCUGCAGUAUUAUUUUCAGAAUCUCUUUGAAGAAUUUGUAGCUAUCUGUAAUGUUUCUAACUUGAUUCCAGGAUUAUUGCUAUCACUAUUGUAUUUAGUUCAUAAUCACUAAUUUGUAACUUGCUGCUUAAUAAAGUUGGACAUUUUAAUCAUA